CCAUGGAGGUUCUUGACCCAAGCCUCUGUAUUUCUCUCCGUCAUUUCAAUCUUUACUUCUGUGAAAACAGAAAUUCUUGUUUUCGAUUACUGGAUUAUCCGAAAGAGGAAGUGGGUGGUGCCUGACCUCUUCAUUGGGGGCCGCGGACAUAUCUAUUGGUAUUUCCGCGGCAUCAACCCCCGAGAGUGGUUCGCUUAUAUUGUCACUACGAUUCCGUCUUGCGUAAGCUACCACUCCUUCACUUUGCCGUUGCGCCCAAUUACUAAUAUUUUACCCAAGUGGGCCAAGUCGGACUCUUUGAAAGUCCUAUAG